AUGGGAGUACCCGAAACUAAACCACCUGAUCCUCAUAAUUUUCUUGGUAAACAUACAGGAAGGCCUUGUUAUAGUGUUAAGAUUAUCGAAAAAGAACCAACGCCAACGUGUAGACGGAAAAUUGAUGUACCAAAAAGAUCAGAGUGUUCGAAAAAUUUGAAACUAUCACGUCCUCGAACAAAUUUUGUAAUAGAAAAUGUAGAAACAGUUGGCAAAAUGAAACCGAAAGAGCCAAUACCUAUAGUAGUCACGGAUCGAUACGGUAUUAAUAAAUGGAUCUUUCAAAAGUCAUCGGCGUCGUUAGAUGGAAAGUAUAGUUAUGUUAUAAUUGGUACAAGGAAAACCCUAAAAUCCGGUCUGGUACCCGUUUACAUCAAAAUUAAAACGUUUGGAAAGGUUCCAUCAUAUUUAAAAAAAAUUAUAGAUCUGAAAGAGAAGAAAUGCCACGUGAAUUCAACUACCAAUGGAGUAGAGCAAAUUUUGUAUACGAAUAUCACAAGUGAUCAACGGGAAGCUUUACUUGAAGGUCUAAAACAAAACUGGAAAGAGCUUCAGCAACAAUAUCAACGCCUUCCAUUAUUAACUGAUACUAUACCAAAACUUCAAAGAAAAUCAAAAAUAGAAGCCGAUCUAAAGCAGCUGGAAGAAGAUAUAGUUUUCUUGGAAAAACAUCCUCAUAUCUACGUUUACGAGGAUAACAAAAUUUAAUAACCAAUUCGCUGAAAAUGUUAUCAUAAAGUAACAAUUUUCAACAAUAAUAACAGAUUUUAUAUUUUCUUACAUGUCACAA